CGUGCGUGUGGGAUUACAUCACCACGCUCAGCGUAUGUUAAAAAAAAUGUUCUGUCUCUGCGAGGAAAUUGUGUAAAAUGAAGUGUGAGGAAGAAAAGGCGGUGGGAGUGUAUUUCGGUUGAAUGGCAUAUUCAAUUCUUUUUCAUUUUUAAACAACAACGUUCGGAUUGUUUGAAGGCUGACGAUCAGUGUUGUGUCUUGGCGAGGGGCUGCAGGUUCCUGCGGCUCUGUCGCUCGGUCGGUUGGUUCCUGUUUGGGAUGCGAGGCGGCCGCUGAGGGGGAGAAGACAUCAACAAUAUGGCGGCGGUGGAGCUGGAAUGGAUUCCCGAAACGCUGUAUAACACUGCAAUCUCGGCCGUGGUGGACAGUUACACUCGUUCCCGCAGGGAGAUCCGCUCGCUGCCCGAAAAUAUACAGUUUGAUGUUUAUUACAAGCUUUAUCAACAAGGACGCUUAUGCCAACUUGGUGGUGAAUUCUGUGAGCUUGAGGUGUUUGCCAAGGUGCUUAGAGCAUCAGACAAAAGGCAUCUCCUGCACCACUGUUUUCAAGCUUUAAUGGAUCAUGGAGUAAAGGUGGCUUCGGUGUUAGCCAAUUCUUUCAGCAGGCGCUGUUCAUAUAUUGAAGAGUCGGAUGCUCAUGUGAAAGAGAAGGCAAUCCAGUUUGGAUUUGUUUUAGGUGGGUUUCUUUCUGAUGCAGGCUGGUAUAGUGAUGCUGAGAAGGUGUUCCUUUCUUGUCUGCAGCUAUGUUCGCUACAUGAUGAGGUGCUUCACUGGUUUCGUGCAGUUGAAUGCUGCGUCAGGUUACUCCACGUGCGUAAUGGCAAUUGUAAAUACCAUUUGGGUGAAGAGACCUACAAACUAGCUCAAACCUACAUUGAUAAACUGGCAAAACAUGGUCACCAAGCAAAUAGAGCAGCACUCUUUGGAGAGCUCUGUGCAUUACUCUUCGCUAAAAGUCAUUAUGAUGAGGCUUACAAGUGGUGUGUAGAAGCCAUGAAGGAAAUCACAAUUGGCUUGCCCGUGAAAGUAGCAGUUGAUGUUUUGAGACAAGCUUCAAAAGCUUGCGUCGUGAAACGGGAAUUCAAGAAAGCAGAACAAUUAAUAAAACACGCUGUGUAUUUAGCGCGGGAGCAUUUUGGUCACAAGCAUCCCAAAUACUCUGAUACCCUCUUAGAUUAUGGAUUUUACUUGCUCAACGUAGAUAAUAUUUGUCAAUCAGUGGCUAUUUAUCAGACAGCACUUGACAUCCGGCAGUCAGUAUUUGGAGGGAAGAACAUCCAUGUAGCAACAGCUCAUGAAGACCUGGCUUAUUCUUCUUACGUACAUCAGUAUAGUUCUGGGAAAUUUGACAAUGCACUAUUCCAUGCUGAACGUGCCAUAGACAUCAUCACUCAUAUCCUCCCUGAAGACCACUUACUAUUGGCUUCUUCUAAAAGGGUUAAAGCGCUUAUACUGGAGGAGAUUGCUAUUGACUGUCAUAACAAGGAAACCGAGCAACGGCUUCUUCAGGAGGCUCAUGAUUUGCACCUUUCCUCACUCCAGUUAGCCAAGAAAGCCUUUGGUGAAUUCAAUGUGCAGACUGCAAAGCAUUACGGAAACCUGGGCAGGCUCUAUCAAUCUAUGCGGAAGUUCAAGGAAGCAGAAGAAAUGCAUAUAAAAGCAAUUCAAAUUAAGGAGCAACUUUUGGGCCAAGAAGAUUAUGAAGUGGCAUUAUCGGUGGGACAUCUAGCAUCUCUCUAUAACUAUGAUAUGAAUCAGUUUGAAGAUGCUGAAAAACUUUAUCUGAGGUCUAUAGCUAUAGGAAAGAAGCUAUUUGGAGAAGGUUACAGUGGACUAGAGUAUGAUUACAGAGGUCUCAUCAAACUGUACAACUCUAUUGGCAAUUUUGAGAAAGUAUUUGAAUAUCACAAUAUUCUGUCCAACUGGAACCGCCUGCGGGAUCGACAGUUUGCCAUCAGUGAUGCCCUUGAGGAUGUAAAUGGCAGCACACAGUCCACAGAGGAAGUGGUCAGAUCAUUCCUGUUAGCUCAGCCUACAGUUGGACAGGGUUGCUGAGGAUCAAAACAGGAUUAAAUUGUCACAUACAGUCUUUAUUCCCUGGACUACAAGGAAGAAGCAUACUGUGAAACAACCCAGUAAUUACACGUAAUACCAUUAGGGUAAUUACUUUCAUUUAGGUGUUAAACUCAGAGGUAAAGGUAAUGGAAAAAAAAAAUUCAUGUAAUAGAUACAAGUCUAGGAAAGAACUGACCAGAAACAGUCGCCAUGGCAUGUCAUUGUCUAGUAAAGUUUUCAAAUGCUGAUGACAUGGAGGAUUUGUCUCGGCACCUGAAUGCCAUAAAUAUUGGUUAAAGUGAUGUUAUUUUGCAGCUGCAGCCUUUUAUUUUAUUUUUAAUUAUAUUUCUGCUGCUGACGACAACUUUUGAAUAGUAAUCCAACCAUUUCUUUAUGCAUACAUCAGAUCGUUCCAGGAUGGGCAAGUGAAUUUCAUACAAGCCUUGUUGACUUGGCUAAAUUUAUUUGGCAUCUUGGAAGUUAUAGCAGUUCCUUGUGAAGUAUGCUGACUGGUGCCAUUGCACUGCUUGCCUCCACAGCAUCGCAGUUAGUCCUAAUUAUUUUGCUGUGUCACCAAUUGCAAAAUGACAUCCUUAAGGGCACUGUGAUAGGUUUGCUGUACAUUACAGUAUGUCAUUAUAUUCCUAGGUAUCUAUAGCAUGAGUGGCCUUAGUGAGUUUGUUGAAGUGCACAUUUUUUUAAAACUGAAAUAAUAUUAAAGGAGAUAUCUAGAAGUUGGUUUGUGGUGCACAGUUCAGUGUUGGAUCACUAACUGAUGUUUUUAGGUACCAUUUGUCAUUUUUUUUUAAAUUCAACUUCUAUUCCUCUUUGGGAAUAAUGUUGCCAUGUUCUGCAUUAAGUGAAUAAUAAAAUUUUGAUAACGUUUUGAGGAUCUGGAAAUGAAAAAGGUCAACGGUGUUCAUUUUAUUGCACAUUUAAUUAAAACAGUACUAUUUUUGUACUUUAUUGAAUUGCUUUGACAGCAAUGGCUUAACACUACCACAUUCAGCCUCCGCUGUUAUAAAGCAAAAUGACAAACAGACACUCAGAUACUUGAGCAGGAAUCCGUGUGAUAGUGCCAUGCUGAAUUUAUACAAUGACAUUAAAAUUUUGUUUCAUUUUAAAUAAUUCCAUUUAUUUGUGUACAGAAACUUUUAGUGUAAUGACAUACAGGCUGCAGCGCCCAACAUUAUGUGCAACCAUCAAACCAUUUUUGCUUAUGUUUGUAACAAACAUUGUGAUAUUCUGUAAGUGUACUACUAUAAAACAUUAUUGAUCUGCUAAAUAUAGUGUUCAUGCACAAUCUGUCUUUGCUUCUUGGUUAAUUGUGGAAUUGAUGUAUAUUCCCAUUUUUAAAUGAGGAAAUCCAUUUCCUAUGGAUGCUUUACUAUAUUCAUCUUUUGGGCUGGGUUGUAACUCGUGAAAGGUUAGCUUUACUUGUGUUUUGCCAAGGAACAUUUUUAAAUGCCAAAUAUUCACAUUUAACAAUUUAAAGAGCCAAUUUAAAGGAGUUUUGACAGCAUAACUGGAAAGCAGAUCAACCUAAAACACUUGAGCAAAAUUGUUCGGUCAGAUUUCUCUCCUCUUUCUAAAACCUCUGCUGCUAUUGAAAUGCUGGCAUAGAAUCAGCUAAUUUUAGUUGUUACAGCUGCAUUAAAAGCAAGUACACUUAAAACAAUUAUUUUAUGGCAAUACUGUGCGCUCAAUAUUUUACCAGAGUGACAUUUUUUAGAAAUGGUAAAAGACAAGAGUAUGAGCCUAUAGGGGCUGUUGAUUAGCAGAAAAUGCAAACCUUUUACAUCUGUAUGAUGAUCCAGACCAUUUUAACGUUCAAUAGCCAGUUUUUCAGUCGUUAAUACCUGGAUGUGUACACUCUACAGAGUUUUUAAAUGAUUGUAAUUUUCUUCAGCAAUUGGUGCAGUGGUCGAAGUGUUAUUUGUUGGAGUUUGAUUUUUUUUUUAAAAAAACAAGACAUCCAUGUAGGAGAUGAAUUCCAAAAAUGGCCUGAAAUGUUUCAGUAUGGUACAUUUCAUGAGUAAGCCUAAAUAUUUGCAAUUUUUUUGUCAGUCAAUUUCUUAUGAAUUCUCACUGAGAAAAGGCAGUACCAUAACAGCUGUGUCCUUGCAUAAUAGUAUUUUAAUGAUUUAAAAUCAAAAUCAGUCAUUUUGUUAACAGGACUUACUUUGAAAGUUUUGGGGCUAGUACCUCUCAUCUACCACUGAGUAGUAGAGCAGAAAUUGUAAAACAGCUGGUCAUUUUCACAGCACAUGGCAGAUUCACUAUUGCAAUGGCAUUUCACCAG